UCAUCUCUAUCCUUUCCACUCUCUCCAUUUUCUCCCUCUCCCAAAUCUGUACAAGUGCUUGGUGUUCCCGGAGGGGUUCUUUGACCUUCAGAUCCGACCGCUCCUGCACUACCAGACAGAGAGAAGGAUGGCCGGUGCAUCUGGUCAAGAGGUUUGUGGAGUUUGUUUCAACCAUUGCAACUAUGAGAGCAAGGGAAGUGGUUUCAGCAUGUUUGCAUGGGAGGAGUCCAACAAUGCAGGGUUUUUUGUGUGUGUUCAAAUCAGGUUGUGCCUUGCAAUGAAAGGGCCCGUUUCAACAAUGUGACAGGAGAGAGGGUGAUGUUUGUGGCAAACCAACGGACAUACACUGUAAAGUGUUACAAGGGUCGUACAAAGAGCGCUAUGUAUGGGAGAGGUUGGAGGAAGUUAUAUGAUGACAACAAGCUGGGGAAGGGUCAGAUGGUGGUGUUCUUCCUGGAUGAACCUUCGCCUAGGGCAGCUAUUUGUGUGAUCCAGGUGGGCAACGGCUCCGAAGAUGAACAGCCUAUGGAAGAGGGUGAUCCCAUUGAAGAUUCAUAUUCAGAUGAUGAGGAUGGAGAAGCUUCAAGCGAUGGUGGUGAAGGCAUUGUUCGCACUAUGGUGCUUCUGCUUAAUGAGACAGAGGGUUUUCAGCUACAAGGGCCGCUGCCUCUCAGUGAUGAUUUCAUCGGGUUUCCUUUCUUUCACCGCCUCACAAGGACAGACAUUCGUUUGGGCAUGAUGAUUGAACGCGGGAUCGAAACUAAAACCGAGUCCUCCUUGAAAGAAGGGUUAGGUCAACAGCUUAAAACUACAGGAUCAUAUGAAGGAGUCGAAAGACUUAACAAGAGAUUGCUUAAACAAUGUGCCGCACACAGGUACAGUUUUUGAAGUUGAAGGAGGGAAACCUGGGAGUGAUAGAAAUGAAGAAGGCAGAGAUAAGUGUGUUGAAGAUACUGAUUUAGAAGAGAGAGGCUAUGAUGUCAAGAUCACUGACACUGAAGCAUCAA